AUGAAAGUUCUGUGCUUAAUUUUGGGCGCACGGGCCUUCGAGCUUGUACCAAAACAAUUCGAAGGGAGUUUCGAAAAUUUUCCAGUUGAGAGAAUUCUAGCAGAAAAUUCGGACGACGAUCUUUUCCACGCUUUUGAAGAAAGAUACCGAAACGCCACUACGACUCCCUCGACGACUGAAAAUGAGCUGGAAGAAGUGAUGAAAAUCAAAAUGGUCAAAAACUUCAUCAUGUACCUUCAAGACGUUCCCCGCUUCGGAAAGUACUUCAAUUACGGCUGCCACUGCUUCAAAGACAACGGAAAGGAUUAUUUGAAAAAUCCUACUUUUGGAAAACCGCGAGAUAGAUCAGAUCAAGUUUGCCAGGAUCAUCAGAAAUGCCAUCAUUGUAUCAAGCUCGAUUAUGGACAUCAAUGCAAAGCGACGAAGGGAUACAAAUUCGAAGCAAGAAUGGAUUCGCUAACUGGAGUCAAAUACAUUCAAUGCGAAGAUAAGGAGGGCUCCUGCGAAAAGAAUUUGUGCGAAUGCGAUAAGGCCCUCGCUUACGAUCUUGCCGAUACCCAGGGAAUCUGGUCGCUGGCGAAUCAUGUCGAAUGGGGAGCUUUCAAGGGAGAUCAGAGUUGUGAGAAAUGGACGCCUCCGAAAGUCCAGCUGAAGAGUGCGCGACUCAUGGCUCAACUCAAUCCGGCUAAACAUGAAUGUUGCGGAGAAUACCCAAGACGAUUCCCCUAUGUCGCGGAUAACGGAGAAGGAGUUGAGAAAAAGUGCUGUGCUGGGAGCGUUUUCAGUCCUGAUUCUCAUGAAUGCUGCGAUGAAGAAGUAAAAGAAAUUGGAAUGUGUGUUGGCACAUAUUUCCCUGGACUUUAA